UGGUUAAUGAGUUAUUGUUUCUUUUUUUUUUAAACAAAAGGUUAAACCCGGGUCUAUUAAAGAUGAGUUAUUGUUUCUCUUGCUUCUUUUCUCGUUCUGCAAUUUAUCGUGUACUAGAGCAUUCUAUGAUACUGCAUUAAUCCUUCUUGGUCACUUCACAAGCAUUUUAUUAGUCUUUAAGCAAAGUUUAAAUUAAUUUUACGAUAGUAUUGGUCAAAGAUAGCUUUAUAUAUAAAGUCUUAAACAACUUUUAGUUUAGUUUUUACAUAUUGGUUGAUAGCUCACGUUAGCCCAGCGGAUUGAACCGGACCAAACAGGCUGAACCUAACGAAUUUUCGAUUUUCUGUCAACUUUUGGUUAUGAGUUUGGUUUGGUUCAGAAAGCUCUCCAAAACCAAUUUGGUUACCGGUUCGGUUUAACGAACUGAACAGUGAACUGAAUUAGUAAUGUUUUCAGAGAAAUAUACCAAAACUAAAUUGGUUUAUACCGAAACUCAAUCGAUGUUAACAAAUAAUUAAUUAAACUUAUCCAAUGGAACCGAAUUUAAAUGAAACUAUCCUAUUUAAACCGAAUUUUCAUUUUUAUAUAUAAAACAAAUUGGUUUAUUUUGGGUUUUGAAAUUUUAAAACCAAAACUAACUGAACCGAAUCAAAAUAUUAUUUGAUUAAUUUAGACUUAUUUUAUAAAAAAAAUCGGUUAACCAAAAAUUGGUUCGGUUUCGGAAAACCGAAAACGUUUUCAUCUUGUGUUUGAUAAGUUUUCGUACUGUCCUCAAUGGCAUUAUAUGUAACUUUUUAACGAUGAAUUUAUUAGUGUUCAACAAAAUUCAGAUAACUUUUACAAUAAUUCAGUUCGGUUCGGUUUUGGUAUUAUGUGUAUAUGAAUGUGUGUACAAAUCUCAAUGGACGUAUAAUAAGUGAUCAUAUUAUAUUUGUAUACAAAAUUAUAAAAAUAAUUGUUAAGCCUAAAAUGGUUGUUAUUUCCAAGUGUCAUUGAACACUACACCUCCAAGUAGCUUUCCAAGACAAGACUUCAUUCUUACCAAUUCACUUUCACUUCGUAUUGACUGAAAAAACCCAAUGGUUUUGUUGAUAUAAUCUUGGGAAGUGUUGAUUUUGACUAAUUUGUUCAAAUCCCAUCUAUAAAUUCACCCACCUCUUCAGCAAUUUUUAUUCGCAUUCCAAAACAAAACCUUCUUUCACUCAUAUUUAAACUAAACUCAUAUCUUCAAAAUUUUAAGAAAAUGGACAAGAAAAAUGAUAGUGCAAAGUCUGGUAAUGCAGCACAAACUGGUGGCACUGGAUCUGGUUCGGGGAACAUGGUGGCGCCGGGGACUGGAGGUGCAGUUCAGAUACCUCGAGAUGCUUUUGAGGCUAACACUAAGGCUUAUUUUGACAACCUUCAUGCCAAUGACAAGGCAACUAACUGAGAAGUGUUUAGUGGUUAAAUAAGAAUGAUGAUCAGCUUCUUUGUUGUUAUGCUCAUAUGAUGUGAUUCUCCUAUUGUGAUCACAAUUUAAUAAAUAAAAUGAGUUAUUAUUUCUCUUGCUUUUCUUUUCUUGUUCUAUAAUUUAUCGUUUACUAGAGCUUGAUAUAAAUUAUCUUACGUACUGUCGCCAAUGGCAUUGUAUAACUUUUCAACAAUGACUUUAUCUCUUCAACAAAAUUCAGAUUAAUUUUACAAUAAUAUUGAUUGGUUGAUUUGGUUCAUGUCAUCUCCGUGUUUAUAUAAAAAACUUCAUAUGAUAUACCAAACAAAUAUAAUUAGAUUAUUGAAAUGUAACUGGAAACUUUGAAGUAUACACUAUUUUAUAUAUGUACAUCAAAUGUAAAAUUCAUUUGAAUAAUUUCAUACCAUACUAAGUUAAGCAAAAUAAAAAACACUAAAUUUAAUGCUAAAAGGUGAUUAAAGUUUAG